UUAAAUUUUUUAACAUAGGCAAACUAGGCACGAUCCCAUACUGGAUUUUACUGGAAUCUGACCUGAAAUCCCGAGGUUUUAAUCGACGAGCGUGUUAUCGUGAUUACCCGAUUAUUCCCGCGGGAUCCUGUCCCAUUCGACUUUUGCAAAAAAAAUCCCGUUACGUGAUCCUGGAGAUGCACUUUUAUCGACCCCUAGUCAAAAUUUUAUCACAAAAAACAUGUCCCAUCUUUCAAGGGUAUUUUUCUUAUUUAAGGUAUCAUGUCCACUGACAGUAUCAUGUCCACUGACUCUUUAUUGGCUUCGAGUUAUUAUGGCAUCUAAUAGAGGAACGCUUAUGGAAUUGGGAAUCUCUCCAAUUGUAACUUCUGGUCUUAUUAUGCAACUUUUGGCGGGUGCAAAAAUUAUUGAAGUUGGGGAUACUCCGAAGGAAAGAGCUCUUUUUAAUGGUGCUCAAAAAUUGUUCGGAAUGGUCAUAACUAUCGGUCAAGCUAUUGUUUAUGUUGCCUCUGGAAUGUAUGGAAAUCCUCAUGAAAUUGGUGCUGGAAUUUGUCUUUUAAUUGUUAUUCAAUUAGUUGUUGCUGGAUUAAUUGUUCUUUUACUAGACGAAUUACUUCAGAAAGGCUAUGGACUCGGUUCAGGAAUUUCCCUUUUUAUUGCUACAAACAUUUGCGAAACUAUUGUUUGGAAAGCAUUUUCGCCUGCGACAAUGAAUACAGGAAGAGGAACCGAAUUUGAAGGCGCAAUUAUUGCUUUGUUCCAUUUGUUGGCAACCCGUAAUGACAAAGUUCGCGCACUUAGAGAAGCUUUUUACCGUCAAAAUUUGCCAAAUUUGAUGAAUUUAUUGGCUACUGUGCUCGUUUUUGCGGUUGUUAUAUACUUUCAGGGCUUCCGUGUUGAUUUGCCAAUUAAAAGUUCUCGUUAUCGUGGCCAACAUAGUUCAUAUCCAAUCAAAUUGUUUUAUACAAGUAAUAUACCCAUAAUUCUUCAAUCUGCUUUGGUCUCCAAUUUAUACGUUAUUUCUCAAAUGUUGGCAGCCAAAUUUGGAGGAAAUAUUCUUGUUAAUAUACUUGGUACAUGGUCUGACUCUUCAGGAACUUAUAGGAGUUAUCCAACAGGAGGCAUUUGCUACUACCUAUCACCACCAGAAUCAUUGUCUCAUGUAGUUGAAGACCCAAUUCAUUGUUUUACCUACAUUGUCUUUAUGCUUGGUUCCUGUGCAUUUUUCUCAAAAACCUGGAUUGAUGUUAGCGGUUCAAGUGCUAAAGAUGUUGCAAAACAAUUAAAAGAGCAACAAAUGAUAAUGAGAGGACAUCGGGAAAAAUCAAUGAUUCACGAAUUAAAUCGUUAUAUUCCUACCGCUGCUGCUUUUGGUGGGUUAUGUAUUGGAGCACUUUCUGUUACUGCUGACUUUAUGGGAGCUAUUGGAAGUGGAACUGGAAUUUUACUUGCGGUCACCAUUAUUUAUCAGUAUUUCGAAAUAUUUGUGAAAGAACAGCAAGAAAUGGGUGGCGUUUCUGGUUUAUUCUUUUGA